UCUCUCUCUCUACCACAUCUUCUAUCUCUCUCUGUCCUGCCCCUUUCUCUCUGCCUCUAUGAGACCAUCCUUCUCCUUGUACAGAUGAAGGACACUGGAGUAAUUUCGAGGUUGUGUUAUUUUGGGGGAUUGUGGGGAUUAACUGGAGAGCUCUCACUGGCUGUUCCCCUGGGCUCUGGGGCCUUUAUUCCCCACUAAGUCCCUCUGUCUCUGUCUUGCCGGCGCCAUGUCCCAAGGCCACGGGGCCCAGGCUGGAGCUUAGCGGCUCUUAAAGGCCACAGAUUCCCGGGAGAGAGUCCCCCGCCCUCUGUCCGCGGGGCCGGAACCGAAGAGAGGACCCGGAACGAUCCUCCGGAGCUACUUUCCCGGCGGACACCGACCGGAACCUGAAAGCGUGAGACGACCGGAAAUCAGGGCCUGAGAGAGCCCAUCUGCAACUGGGCAAUUCCUGAGCAGCUGGAGUGUCCCAUGGCAACUGAAUAAACAGGGUGGUGCCCCGCUCCCAGCAACCUGUCAGAAAAAUAUAGAAUUCCUCCAGAAAACAAGGAGACCAUUUGGCCCAUUGAGUCAGCACAUCCUUGGCCUCAAUACUGCCACAAACUCGAUUCACCAGCUGCCGCCUCAGGCUAACUCAGUCUGUUGGAGCCCAAGCUGUGUGUUAUGGCAGCGAAGAAGUGAGAUUUACAAGAGUCAUGGCAGACAAAAGACAGCGGGCAAGGGUGCAAGGUGCAUGGGCAAACCACAAUAAGACCACAGUAAGAUCACUUCAAGUUCACAGGAAUUCUUCACCAAAUGUUGCUGGAACACACUGGCUACCAAAUGAACAAGCUGCAGCUGAUGGAAGAUUUGUCUUUCAAAAUCCAACAGAGGUUCAGCGUAAAAUUCCAGAAGAAAAGACCAUUGACAAAGAAGGUUUUUAUGAAAUUAGCAGUGGGCCAACAGGAGUUUCCAGACUAUACCUAAAGCCUGGUUUUAUUGAUACAAAAGAAGCUGAUUGGAUGUUUGAACAAUUGUACGCAGAAAUACCCUGGAAGCAAAAAUCGAACAUCAGAGAGGGUAGAUCAUAUCAAGAGCCCCGACUCACAGCCUGGUAUGGAGAUCUUCCUUACACAUACUCCCACACAGCUAUGAAAUCAAACCCUCAUUGGCAUCCUCUACUGAUUAUGCUGAAGGAUCACACUGAGAAAGUAACUGGAUACACCUUUAAUUCUCUUCUUUGCAAUUUGUACCGAAAUGGCAAAGACAGCAUUGAUUGGCACAGUGAUGAUGAACCGUCACUGGGACAAAAACCUAUCAUUGCAUCACUUAGCUUUGGAGAUACCAGGAUCUUCGAAAUGAGAAAAAAGCCACCACCAGAGGAUAAAGGAGAUUACACAUAUGUAGAAAGAAUCCGGAUCCCACUCAGCCACGGGUGUUUGUUGGUAAUGGAAGGAGAAACUCAGAAGGAGUGGCAGCAUCGAGUGCCAAAAGAAUACCAUGACAGGAAUCCACGAAUAAACCUGACAUUUCGAACAAUUUACCCUGAGACACAAAGGAACUGAAGAUGAAAUGAACACAGAAGUGAAGAACAAAAGACCUCAAACAGGCUUUGUUAGUUUUUGUUUGAAAGUUGAACACUUGGAUUGUACGGUUAAAAUAACAAAAAACUGUUAAGCCAGCAUUUCAAUUGAAGACAUUGCUAAAAGAAAACUAAACAAAUGUGUUUAGACUGUAUUUGUUAAUAAUACAAUACAACAAUUCUAAUGC